GACGCGUCCGGGUGAUAGUAUCGCUGAACGUAUCGAAGUGUGCGCACGACCGUCGUCGCAUCUGAACCAUGGAAUCGUACGCAUCACUAACGCGCUUCGCCUGCGCCCUUGCGCUGCAUGCCGUACUGGCUUUCGCUCAAGGUCCACCAGAGCCUGGAGUGUGCAAUGCGGGUCACGUGUUCAUCUGCUACCGGGAGUAUAGCUCGGUGCUGUUUCGACAAGAACUGCUCCCAAACGCGGAUGGGAGUUACAACGAGACUUCUUACCUUUCUGCCUGCAGCUUCUUCGCGCCAGAGUCAACUUGUCAGCUCAGCAUUGCCCAUUGCCCCAAAAGCUUCAGGGACCAGUUCGAGCGGGCUGAAGAGGGUUACAAGGCCACCAGAGACAUCGUUUGCAAGGCACAAUCUCUCCAAGCUCUGGUGAGGAUCUCGAGCUGCUUGAACAACGACCGCAUGCACAAGUGCGUGGACAGCCCGAACAAGCCGGAACCUGGAACGAACCCUCGGGAAUACUGGUGCAAGUUCACCCAGGGGUCGCUCAGGUGCGUCGACGAGGGCGUCAAGGAGUGCAAGCACUCGUACGAACAGGAGAAGCCGCUCUUCAAGAAAUACUUUGCCGCCGUGUCGAACAUGUUUCUCUGCGACGCCAUCGCCAGCGGAAGUGCAGCUGUCGCAGCUCCCCACGCCUUCGUCUUCGGCGCGCUGGGGCUCAUGCUCACGGGGUGGGUGACAGCGAAGUCAUAAUAAAGAGC